AAACUUUAUAAGGUUACGAUUGCUCCACCACCCGUCAGUAGUUCAUGUUAGUUUUUUGUUUUUAGAAUGCAGUUAAAUCGUCAAAUAUGGAUGUAAUUGGAGAAUAUAAAAAACUUUGUUCUAUAAACAAAACAUUUACAGACCUGUAUGUCAUUGAUGCCUUGAAAAAUGCCUUGAUUACAGGUGAAUUGGAUUUAUCAGGAUAUCCUGUUGCAUUAGGUGGAUGGGAAGUGUUAUCAAAAAUCAUGGUAAAAAAUGAAGCCAUUACCAAACUAAAAUUUUGUGAUUGUAUGAUUCCUACAUUAGGAUUUGAUUUUAUUUUUAAUGCAUUAAUGAACUGUAAUAGAAUAUCUGAAGUAAAUUUAUUUGGAAACAAUAUGAGCAAUACCUCUAUUAUCCAACUUGGAAAAAUGUUAAGCAUUAAUAAAUCUAUUAAAACAUUAACUUUAAAUUGGAAUAAUAUUGGUGAAUCAUUAGAAGCAUUUUCUGCAUUUUGUGGUGGAUUAUCACAAAAUCAAUCAUUGGAGUACCUAGAUUUAAGGAACAAUCAGGUAUGCUCUGCUGGUGCCAAUGAAUUAUCUGUUGCAUUAAAACAGAACCAUUCUUUGAAGAUUUUAGAUUUAAGGUGGAAUAAACUGAAAAAUAAAGGUGUUGAUUAUUUGCAAAAUGCUUUGAAAUUUAAUGUAUCCAUAAAAGAACUCCUGCUAAAAGGAAAUUUUGUGCAUUUUCAAGAAACUACAUCUGUUGAACUCUGUGUUAAAAAAAACGAAGAUUUGCAUAAUAUUAAAAUGGAAUAUGAAUUGAAAGUAGCAUUUCUUCUCAAAGAAUUAAAGAAGUUGGAGGAUAUGAGGGUUCAGCAAAUUUCAAAAAUUACACAGAUCUCUCAACAAAGAUUUAUUGAAUUUGAAAAUAAAUUUGAAGAACUUUCUCAAUUAUUAAUGAAAAAAGAAGAGCAAUUGAGAUGCCAAAAAAUUAAAAAAAUGAAAGCUGAUAAAGAAGUUUCCAGAUGUAUUGAAAAGGUGACCAAAUUGAAAGAUGAAAUUGAAUGUUCCAUUAAAAAAAAACAGGAGCUUGAAAAGAUACUUGAAGAAAAACAAAAUAAUUAUUUUAAAAAUAUAAAAGAAUUGGAAUGCAAAUUAAAAUUAGAGCAAGAUCGGAAUGAAAAACUGGUACAGGACAUAAAUGAAAAAAAUAUAGCUCUUGAAGUUUUAAAAAAUGAUUUUACUAAAGCCAAGUUGGAUUGGGAAUCUUGUGCAUUGGAAAAAAGAGGCAAAAUUGAAAGUGAAUGGAAAAUGAAGUUAGAAGAUGUUGAUUGCAAAUAUAGUAAACAAAUUGUUGAGCUUCGAGAACAGUUAGUUGAAAAAGAACUUGUGUUUUUAAAGGAAGAGGAAGAAAAGAUAAAAAGUUUUAGAAUUAGGGCAGAAGAAGCUGAAAAAAGUAAAAUGUCAAUGGAAGGAGAAAUUUUAUCUCUACUAGAUAAAACUUCAAACCAAGAAUCAAAAAUAGUGGCAUUGCAGAAAGAAUUAAUUUUAAUUUCAACUGGAUUUGAAACUACACAGCAGGAACUCAAAAAUGCACAGAAUGAAAUCAAGAAAUAUAAGGAAGCUUUAAAUAAGGUUGAUGAUGAAUUGACAAUGGCAAAUCAAACAAUUAAAAAUUUAAAAACUGAAAUUAUUGAAGAAAAGGAAAAAUUUCGGGUUAGUACUUUGAGGCAGAAAGAAGUGAAUGAGAAGAUGGCCCAAAUAAAGGAAGAAGAGAAAUUGAGAUCAGAACUAUUGGCAUCUGCUUUGAAGAGGUAUUUAAGAUCAUCAGAGGAUUGAAAUCAAAAUAUAUAAAUAAUAAUUGUAAUUUUACUCAUUUCUAACCUUGUAAUAUACAAAGAUGUGUGAUAUACUUUUAUUUCCUAGAAAUGUCUUAAUUCAUAUAUUUUAAUUGAAAAUAUUUUAUUGUUACUACAAUAAACAUCAUAACGUUG